AGUGUGGCAGUAGUGCCCUCUCCUGAUGAGCUCAGCACAGAGACUAUUAGCAGCCUGUCAUGCUGCUGCAGCUCAGAGGAUUAAGACUUAAAUUCAAACAUUAUCUUCCACAGGAAAAAUACAUAGAUGCAUCACUUUUUACUCCUCCACUAUGUAUCUGUCUGCAGUAUGUUUGUGUGCGUGGUUUAUAUUUAAUAUUGGGUGAAAAAAAAUGAGUCACAUUCAUAUUAUAACCCAUUAUUCCCACAGUAGUGACCUACAGGAGGGUUUUAUUAUGAGAACCCCCUUUAAUUCAUGCGCUCACUUUUAUUAGAGCUGCGGCGCACAUCUGCAACAUCUGCACAGAGACGGAUGGGUUGAAAUCAUGAGCCAGAAAAUGGGUUAAAAUCAGCCUUAACUGGGAUUUUUUUCUUUCUCUCUCUUUGCUCUAAAAUGUGUUUCGGCUGUAGCACCCAGAAGUGAACAGCAGGCGACCCGGAAGGCUUGAAGUGUGGCUGAAAGCAGACAGAAAAAGCGGAGUCCUGUUCCGUUAGAAAUUGUUCUGUUUCUUCUCCUCUCGCUGGCGCAGGAUGGCUGAACCCCGAUUUAACAAUCCUUACUUUUGGCCCCCUCCUCCUUCUAUGCCUGGCCAGCUGGAUAACCUAGUCUUGAUCAAUAAAAUCAAGGAGCAGCUGAUGGCGGAGAAGAUCCGGCCACCACAUCUGCCCACUUCUUCGGCCGCCUCCCAACAGCCUCUUCUGUCUCCCUCCGGCCCGGCCGAAGGCAGCCAGCACGGCAUGUCCAAACCUCAGCAGGGGUCAGGGCUGCACAGUCCAAGCCCCUCUCAGCCUGAUAUUGCCCUGCAUGCCCGCCCUGCCUCCAGCUCUGUCACAGGUCGUAUUCUUGGAGACGUGAACUUGAAUCUGGAUGACAAAGCAGCUCUGAAAGCCCGUGGGCUGUGGGAGGACUGGCAUCUGCGUCAGCUCAUAGACCAUCCCUCUAGAACGAACCAUGUCUCAGGUGUGGCACUGGCAUCCAGAACUGGGAACCUCAGCACUUCAGAGAUCAUAACCCCCACAACUCCCACUUCAAGCAGCCACAGUCGGCUUGGUGGAGCCCCUACCCCUCAACUCAUCUCAGGGUUAGCUGGAAGCCACGGCAUGGAGCACGGGAAAACAAACGGAGGCUUUGUUGGACUCCUCGGCCCUCCUCCAAAGCAGGAACGAGGGCGCAAGAAGAUCAAGGCAGAGAACGGGUCAUCACUUUUGGUGGUACCGUACCCGAUCCUCGCCUCUGGCAACGAUCAGUCCUGCGUCACCAUUACUGCAAAAGAGGGGAAAACAUACAGAUGUAAAGUGUGUCCGCUGACCUUCUUCUCCAAGUCAGACAUGCAAAUUCACUCCAAAACACACACAGAGGCGAAGGCCCACAAGUGUCCUCACUGCACCAAGACCUUUGCAAACGCUUCAUACCUGGCCCAGCAUCUGCGCAUACAUCUGGGCCUCAAGCCGUACCGCUGCUCCUACUGUGAAAGAUGCUUCCGUCAGCUCUCCCACCUUCAGCAGCACAUAAGGAUCCACACAGGUGACCGCCCCUAUAAAUGCCUCCAUCCAGGAUGUGAGAAAGCCUUUACCCAACUCUCUAAUUUGCAGUCUCACCAGAGGCAGCACAACAAAGACAAGCCCUUCAAAUGCUCCAACUGUUUCCGUGCCUACUCAGACUCGGCCUCGCUGCAGAUCCACCUCUCUGCGCACGCUAUCAAGAACGCCAAGGCCUACUGCUGCAGCAUGUGCGGCCGGGCGUACACCUCAGAGACUUACCUCAUGAAGCACAUGCCGAAACAUGCUAUGGUUGAGCAUGUUGUGUCCCAUCAUUCGCCACCCAACAGGACAGAUUCUCCCUCUAUUCCCAUUCGGAUCUCCCUCAUCUGAGGUUCACAGCGGCUUCCAGCCCUCUGAGCACAGACUCUUACUACCAAGAUGGACCAUUUAGCUCAGAAAUAGAAUUCAGAAAUUUGAAAAAGGGAAGCUCAUCUGAUGAGCGGAUCCUUCUUCUAUAAGUUGUUAAUGAGAAAGUAUUAACGGGAUCAUGCAAAGAUAAUUUCAGCACUUUCAGGCCUGACUCUGACAGACCGAAAAUUCUUAUUUUUAUGUGACCUAAACAAGUAUUGCUCCAGGCAGCUACAUGGAAAACCUUUUUAAGCUUUGUGUUAUACAUAUAACUUUCUUUUUUAUACACUGCUUUAAUUAUCUCCUGUUAGGUUAUAUUAUAAUCUUAAGCAGUCUUCCAUUAUCGGCAGACCCAGGCAACCCAACCCUGCUAACACCCCUGUUUUGUACAAUCCCUUUAAUCACAUGCAUGUUUUAUUACAGCUGCGUAAUGUCACACAGAAAAUGUCAGAAAAAAAUCCAACAACUAAUUUGAAUCCAAAAAAUUUCCCAAUUUAUAAAAUAAUUCACAGGUGCAUAAAUGAUAUCCUUUAAAUCAGUGUUUUUCAACCCUAGUCCUCUAGGCACUCCGCUCUGCAUGUUUUUGAUGUUUCUCAGCUUCAACACACCAGAUUCAGAUGGUGGAGUGCAGCAAAGCCUGAUAAUAUGUUAUCAAUUGAUAGCAGAUGUGUGUAAACUAGCUCCAUCCGCCAGAAUCUUUUCUGCCUGCGAGUGGUCUAGCCUCGAUCAAUGCCCCAGGCCCUAGAACUGGCGGGCCAAUCACAAUACAGAGAUGUGUUUUGAUAUUUCUGGAUGCACAGUGGGUGGGGUUUUGAGGGCGGGACGACAAAGCUGCGUGACGCUUGAGAAAGCAAAAGGAAGAUGG